GUGUAAGUAUGGAGUAGAAAAAUCGUAUUUCAUUUUUUUCGACAACAGUGCAUUCGAUACACAAUUGCAUGUUUCUUUAAAAAAAUGCAUCUGCAAAACGAGGUGGCGCAAGGGAUUACCGGCCGUGUAAUAAAACAUAUCCAGAAUAUAUGUAAACUUAAAAGACAUUUCCCUGUAGAAGUCUUUUAAUUCAGAAUGCACUGCUGACUACCAAACUGAAAGUUUUAUUUUAUACAAAAAAACACUGUUGGUAUAUAUUUUUAGUGACUUAAAAUUCCCAGAUAAAUAAAAUGUAUCUUGGAUGAAGUAGUAACUUAUAUUAAUUUAUUUCCGACAUGCCGUUGAGUGUGUAUUGGCAUUAAAUAGUAUUUUCUUUACACAACUUGUUUUAUCGCAUUGUGGUACUGAACUGGAAGAUCUAUGAAGGAAACACUUUGUAAUAUACAAAUUAUCAAUUUUUGAACAUUUCUUUUCCGGGCAUCUUCAACUAUUUCACAUUUAACACGCAAGCAUUUACCAACUUAUUUUGGUUGUUAGAGAAAAUGUGCGUCUAAAUAAUUGACUUAGUUCAUCAUAACAUGCAUAUCUAGAUUUUGCAAAUUUCGGAAAACCGAAAACAGUUUCGAGUGCAACAAUAUAUUGUCGUAAAUAGUAUAUCAAAGAUUUUAUAUAUAUCGUAAAACUGUCAAAUCUGCAAUUACCACGUGUUUCCCAACAUCUAAAUGCGAUUCCUUGUAUCAUCAUAGUUUCUGCUUUGUCGAUUCAUAAAUUGUAAUUUACCGGUAUUAUUUUCAUCAAUAUCUAACAGUUCGCUUUGAAUAAUUCAUUUCACCCGCAUUAUAAAGAAAACACUUUGAUGCGCUUGUCCUCGUGAAACCUUAAUUUUUUCAUUUAUCAUGCCUCCAUAAUUAGUAAAUCACAUCUAUGUCUGCGAAAAAUGAUCCUCAUUAUUUCAUACAAAAUGACGUCCUAACUGCGUGGCGAUUAUACAGCUCGAGGUAAUGCGCUUGUUUUUAAAUUCCUAAGUAUCGCUCGAUUGGUCAUUGUCGUUUCGGGUGCUGCUUAAAUGUACUCCGGGUACGGAAAAUAUACCAACAGGUACUCGGUCAAUUUUGACCCGAGUUUUAUUUCCGCAAAAAAAUACGAUGUCGUAAAACGCGUUACGGAAAACGUAACAUAAUUCUAAUCGAACAAAACCUGCCUCAACAUCUUUUUAGUACGAGUUCAGAUAAUAUAGAGGUAACUUUACAAAAUAUUGACAUAAAUAUGACCAUAAUUUGAAAAAAAAUGCUGACAAAGACCAAUAGCGUUAGAAUUCCCGGAUACGUUUCAGUAUAUUUCCGUAUCCGUGGUACAUUUAAGUAUACUUAAGAGUAACCGGGGUAUAUUUAAAGUGUACCCAAGCCGACAAUGACCAAUCGAGCGUAAGUAUCCGUCUACGAAUAGUCGUCUAUAGUAUGAAAGACAUCGAGAAAUAUAAUAUUACUUCUUUAAAAACAAUCAUGAUAUGCCAUUUUUCACAUCAAAAUCAUUCAGUCAAGAUAAGUUGAUAUUGAAAAGCAUUACACACGAUCAAACAAAACCGCAUCAAUUCGAUGUGAGUGAUCGAGAUAGGACACUACAAUAUUGUUCAACCAUCAUUUCGUGUUAUAUUCAGCAAACCAUGACGAAAUAAACUAAAGAAAUUUCAAGCUGUUUUGCUUUCCGUCUAAUCACAACGAGUGCGAUAGAUGAAGUGGCAAAACUGUAAAUAUCUAAAUGAGCGUAUUCUGUUGACGUUUAAUAUUGGGAUUAUAAAUGGCGGAUGUAAGGGGCACGCAGAAUUAAACAGUUGAUAACGAAGUGUGUCGCAAAGACAAAUAUACGCGAAUAACGUCGCAUUUACAAAGAUGCACGUGCGUUUUGUUAUUCAUCAGCGUGCUGUGCCAACUAGCAGCCCUCGUGACACCAGGUUGGAUAAUGUUUUCAGUACGUUCAUCUCAAGGUGAAAACAUCACGGAGUUGACGUCGGUGUACUACGAGACGUUAUGCGUCAGCGGCGUUAACGGAAGUUCCUGCAGUUCAAAGACGUUUCUCCAGAAACAUAUCGAAGACUCUCUGGCCGCAAAGACUGAUUCCCAGCAAGCGCGUUUCAGGAAAGAAUACAACAUCACUGUCCGGAGCCAAGUGGAUGUUCAGUUAGCCUUCCUUCUCGUGUCUCUCGUGCUCAUCACGUGCCUGUUCACGUGUUAUAAAGGAAGGGUACACGUGCGAGUCGUAGGCACUUCUGUCGUACUUCUAAGCGUGGCAGUCACUCUGAUGUACCACAAGCUUUUCGAAAUAUAUAUACAACUGUCUUUUGCUGCUUGGUAUUCAGCGAUUAACCACGGUUACAUAGGAAUAUCGUACUCUUCUGUUUUGUAUUCAAUAGCCUUCGUUUUGACAUUGAUUCUAGUAAUUAUAACGCUGGUUCAAAUUCUUAACAUCUUCAAAUCUAUGCAUAGACGUAUCCAAUCGCCGGAGAAAAAGAGUACGGAUCUUUAUGAAGAUGUGCGUUACUUACGCUGGUGCCUACGCAAACAUGAAAAUUGUCCCAAAAACAGAUUACAUUCUAAACCACGAGACAGAGUAGAUUCCACUAAAGAAAAAACACCUCCAACUAAGCCAGUUGUAAAGCAAGAAAAAGUUACUGUCGCCGAGUUACUUAGAAAGAGCAAAUACGAAGAGGAAUACGAUCAGACAAUGGAAGUAUCAAUGGAAGUAUCCGAUCUGCAAUCGAGAGUGGCUCGCAGACUUCCAGGUGGCACUCAACAAUGUGCUGAAGUAGUAACAAAUAUUGCAAGACACGUAUCGUACUGUUCAGAAGAAAGUUUGGAAAACGAUCAAGCCCUCAGCAGUUCUGAACACGACAAUGCCACCAAAUCAUCCGAUGGAAUAUUUUUCCGCGAUCAUGCUGAGGAACUAACGCAUGUCGUAAAAGAACCUACACUAGAGCACCAGUAUAACACAGUACCUCGCUUAAAGAAAAAAUGCGCUGUCAGAGACAACAGUACUGUUUUGAAUGGUGCAACGAAAAAGGAAAGUUAUUCUCUAGAAUCGAUGGAUAUGGAGUUUCUAAAUUCGCCAAAACAAAACCCCAGUAAAAAGCCAUCUUGUGCGAAAACGGGAACGAAACUCACUUACGACAUAAAUGACUUGAAAAAAACAUUGUCAGAAACACAACUGAUUCUCGAUCACCUACGGCAGAGAAAGGGAACAAAGCCAGACAGCGAAUCGACAACAAUUGCUACAGAAAACGAAAUAGGAAAACAAGAAAGGGCGCCAGCUGAAGCAGGUCAUAAAGUACGCCCAGUAUUAAGAUCUGCCGUUCGACAAAAUCAUGUGCGUAGUAAACGGAUUUCAAAAAAUCUACUUUACUCUGCAGACGACAAGGUUGAAACCGAGACACAGCCACUAUAAGGUCUCCUUAACAACGCUGACGUUACAAGUACGUCACAUAACGAUCAAUUUACUAUAACGACUAAGCAAGUACGGACUGCAAAUGAAACUGAUUAAACAUAUAUUAAAACAAGAUGUGUUUGUCACCCCCCCCCCCCCCCAUAUAUUUGACCUUUGACCUUGAAGGAUGAAAUUUACCUAGACAUUUCACCACUCAAAAUGUGCAGCACAAUGAGAUACACAUGCAUGCCAAAUAUCAAGUUGCCAUCUUCAAUAUUGCAAAACCUAUGACCAAUGUUAAAGUUUGACGCAAACAAACAAACAAACCAACAAACAGACGUCGCAAAAACCUGUCACCCAUUAUAGACUGGGGGACAUAAAAACAGUGGUGAUAUCGAGGAUUUGUUUUCACGAAAACCUUAUAGUUACGUAGGUUUUAAGUAACAUUUGGUGAAUAGUUAAUAAAGGAAGCGAAGGGUGUUAAAAGUGAGUGUAUAUAUCUAUGAAAUGUUUUCCUAUAUAUCGUUGCUUGUCGGUCAAUUAUGAACGAUUUCUAUUUAUUGAAGCGAUGUUUAUAUUAAUUUUCCUAAAUGCUACUAAAUGAUUCGAAAGAGCCAAUUAUCCACACAGAAGAAGGACACAUUCUUUGUUUGUGGGAACCAAAAACAUGUUAUGAUAUUGUGAACAUUUUAUUUCAUUUCUACGCGAUUGUAUUGCUUUAUGAAAUUUAAAACAGAACUACUUUAUGUAUAUUGUGCUCAGAGUCGGGACUUCUUUUUGUGUGUAGGUUUUUUAAGGAGUAGUUUUACGACGCCAAUUUUUUCCAUUAUCUAGAGGACGUUCGCUGAGUAUCGUGUUAGAAUAUUAUUCAUAAACACACUGUUUGUUUGUUGUUCAUGUUAUUUCAUCAUUCGUGAUAACAGUAGAUUUGGUAAUGGUUUUACUGUUUUGAUAACAGUUGUAUUUAUGCAAAAUGAUUCACAUUACUUUAAAUGUUAUAUAUAGAGAGAUAAGCCAAAAUACAUUAAUAUAUGCUUAAUUCAA